GUUUAUGGUUCUUAUUUCUUUAAUGUAAAUCAAAUUUUUAUAAAAUUGCUUUGUGUAAGUAUGUUAAUUAUGUUAAAUUUUGUUUAGGUUAAACGUAACUUUUCUGUGAUUUGAAAGAUUUUCUUGCAUUUUCUCGGAAACCAAACUGGUGAGCUGUGAAGUUGAAAGUAGUUAAUAUAUGUAUAUAUGUUUUUAAAUUUUUAUUUAAGAGAAAAGUUCUGAUUUUGAAUCUAAUUUUGUUUCUUGUAUUUUCUCGGUUGCCAAACAGAGUGUUAAGUUACUUCAUUUAUGAAUUGAUAGUGCUUGCAUCAAGUUGAAUCUGAAAGCAGCCAUUGCUGUAAACUGUCAAGAGAGUUGGUUUUUUGAAAUUUGUGAUUUUAUGUAUAAAGUAUUGAAGAAAUAAUGGAUGGAAUACAUGGAAGCAAUUCCCAAAUGCAAAUGAAUGAGGGGCAGCAUCCAAUGCAUCAUGUGCAUUACGCACAAGAACACGAAUUGCAUCAUAUGAGCAAUGGGGAUGUGAUGGAUGAUGAGCAUGAUGAUGAUCGUAAUGGUAAUGUUGGUGGAGGUGAGACUUUGGAAGGGGAGGUGCCGUCUGAUCCUGGGAGUCUUUCGGAUAAUCGUGGCAAUGGUGAUAAUGGGGAUCAGCUAACAUUGUCAUUCCAGGGUCAGGUUUAUGUGUUUGAUUCGGUUUCACCUGAAAAGGUUCAAGCAGUACUUUUAUUAUUGGGGGGCUGUGAAGUACCUCCAACUAUGCCUGCCAUCCCUAUGACUAGUCAUCAUAAUAAUCGGGGGCUUCCUGGUACUCCCCAACGAUUAAGUGUGCCACAGAGAUUAGCCUCGCUGAUUAGAUUUCGUGAAAAGCGGAAAGAGCGAAAUUUUGAAAAGAAAAUUCGUUAUACUGUUCGUAAAGAAGUAGCACUUAGGAUGCAACGAAAUAAAGGUCAGUUUACUUCUUCAAAGUCCAAUAAUGAUGAUUCCGCAUCAGCAGUUUCAAGCUGGGGAUCAAACCAUAGCUGGGGUGUGGAUGGCAAUGGAUCCCAAAAUCAAGAGACUGUCUGUCAUCACUGUGGUAUCAGUGAGAAGUCUACACCAAUGAUGCGACGAGGACCUGAAGGGCCAAGGACCCUUUGCAAUGCUUGUGGACUCAUGUGGGCAAACAAGGGAACUCUGAGGGAUCUCUCGAAGGCAGCACCCCAGCCUGGACAUAAUAAUUCCUUGAACAGGAAUGAGGAGGAGAAUGGAAAUUUCAAGGCAGACCAAAUUGUUACAAUUGCGGGAAACAUUAAUGGCUCCUCAUGAUAGCCAUUUUUGGCUUGGGCUUCUGUGUAGAGAAUACUGUUUGAAUCAACUUAAAUGAGGAGCGAGCAUUCAUUUCAUCUCCUUGAGAUACUGCUUAUGGGUUGGCUGCGCUGCACGUCUGGGAAAGUUCUAUGCCGAAAUUGAUUUUAACAACUCUCCCCUUGAUGGACAA